AUGGUUGUGACAAUGGGCAAGGGAAAGAAGCGCAAGGCGCCGGCACCACUGGCGGCGCAGGAGCGGCACAAGGAGGAGGCUCCCAACCUCUUUGAGCGCCUCUCCAACAAGAAGCGCUUCAGCAUCCUUGGCCGCAAGGUCAAGGGCGAGACCAGGCAGCUGGGCAAGCUGCGCACGGCCGCCGGCGAGCGGCGCAAGAAUACCCUGCUGGUGGAGUACCGGCAGCUGCGCAAGAGCAACGCGUUCAUCGACCGCCGCUUUGGGGAGGAUGACGAGAGCCUUACGGCCGACGAGAAGGCUCUGCUGCGCUUCCAGAAGCAGCGGCUCAAGGAGCUGGCGGGCGGCAAGUUCACGCUGCCGGACGAGGAGGGCGGCGAAGGAGGGGAGCAGCUAACGCACAUGGGCCAGUCGUUGGCUGAGCUGGAUGAUGCGCAGGAGGGCUGGGGCUCUGACGACGAGGGCGACCGGCGGCUGGAUGAGGAGCUGAGUCGGGACUUCCACUUUGGCGGCGGGCUGUUUGAGAGGAAGGCGGGUGGCGGCGGCGGCGAGGAGGGCGAGGAGGGCGACGAAGGCGGGCGGCCGCACAAGAAGAGCAAGAAGGAGGUGAUGGAGGAGGUCAUCGCCAAGAGCAAGGCCUUCAAGGCGGAGAAGCAGCGGCAGCGGGAGGAGGAUGCGGAUGAGACGACAGCCCUGGACGACCAGUUCAGGUCUCUCAUGGGAGACAAGGCGCUGCUGGGACUGAUGCGCAAGAAGGGAGAGAAGCGGGACAGCAGGGCGGACAACAGGGAGGACCAGGCCUUUGAUGUGCUGACCCGGGAGCUGGUGUUUGAGGCCAAGGCCAAGCCCGGGGAGCGCACGCUGACCGCUGAGGAGCUCGCUGAGCUGGAGCGGCAGCGGCUGGAGGCGCUGGAGGCGCAGCGGCGCCGCAGGAUGCAGGCACGCGGCCAGGCUGCUGGUGCAGGAGAGGAUGACGAGGGGGAGGAUGAGGAGGGGGAGGCAGCAGCGGGCCCAGCAGCGCCCGCUGCUGGGUUGCCGGCCGGCGGCUAUGCGGCGCGGCGUGCCAAGCGGGCGCGGGCAGAGGAGUGGCAGGAGAGGCGUAUGGGCGGCGGCACCUCUGGAGACGCGCUUGAGGACGAUUUUGAGCUUGGCAGCGAUGAGGAGGAUAGCGAAGGCGGCUCAGAUGAGGAUUUCAGCGAGGAGGAGGAGGGUGGCAAGGAUGGGGUUGCACGCGGCGGCAGGCCCCUCACCAAGCUCGAGCUUCGGCGGCAGGCACGCGCGGCUGGGGACCAUCCGUUGCAGGAGGCCUUUAGGAAAGCGUCCGCCAAGCUCCUGAAGAAAAAGUUGGGCGGCGCGGCGGCAGGUGGGAGUGGGGCAGCUCAGAUGAGGAGGGCUCGGAGGAGCAGGAUGGCGGCAGCUCAGAGGAUGGGGAGGGCUCAGGGGAUGGAUGAGCUGGAGGGCGGCAGCGGCUCCUCUGGGGAGGAGCAGGAGGCAGAAAGCGAGGAGGGCGAGGAGGAGGAGGAUACAAGCGAGGAGGAGGAGGAGGAGGAGGAGGAGCCAGCCUCGAAUGCGUUGGCUCCGAUGGACUGCUCCCAGCAGACGACUCUGCUGCUGCAGUGA